AUGGCACCUGGGAUGUCCUUAUCCUCGGUGAAUGCCAUCAUCAUCCUCAACAUCGAUGAUGGCACUAGGAUAUUCGCCAAAUACUACAACGCACCCCACCAUAUGUCCACAGCUUCAUCUAACCCUCACCACCAACCCACCGGACCGUUCGCCGAUGUAAAGUCGCAAAAGACGUUCGAGAAGGGCCUGCUAGAAAAGACGGCGAAGCAGACUGGCGACAUCAUCCUCUACGACAACCGGAUCGUGCUGUAUAAGAUGGAGUCCGACGUCAUGAUGUACGUCGUAGGCGGUGUGGAUGAGAACGAGGUCCUCCUAUAUAAUGUUAUCUUGGCCUUGAGGGAUUCGCUACACCUACUAUUUAAGCAAUCGGUGGAUAAGCGAACGAUAAUCGAGAACUACGACCUGGUCUCGCUAGCUAUCGACGAGAUCGUAGACGACGGCAUCAUCUUAGAGACAGACCCGACUAUCAUCGUACAACGGGUCAGCAAGGCGCCCACGCAAGACGUUAACUUAAGCCGAAUCGACCUCAGUGAACAGGGAGUAAACAACCUAGCGCAAUUAGGAAAGGCUAAAUUGACAGACUGGCUAAGGCAAGGCUUGUGA